CAGAGGCCCGGCGCCUCAGCUGUAUAAUCCGAGAGCUGUACCAGGCAUCGUCCUCCUGCCACGGCCUCCUAAGUGCUCGGGAGGUGCGGAGGGGGAGGCAGCGCAUCGGUGCUAAUCAAAAGGGCAGUAUGACUGCAAUGACUGUAUUUUUUCCUUUGGAUACAGCUAGGCUUAGACUUCAGGUUGACGAGAAGCGGAAGUCGAAGACAACACCAGCAGUCCUUUUGGAAAUAAUCAAGGAAGAAGGCCUGUUGGCACCAUAUCGAGGAUGGUUCCCUGUUAUCUCCAGCCUUUGCUGCUCCAAUUUUGUUUAUUUUUAUACAUUUAAUAGUCUUAAAGCCCUCUGGGUCAAAGGUCAGCAUUCAACCACUGGAAAAGACUUGGUUCUUGGGGUUGUUGCAGGAGUGGUGAAUGUACUCUUGACUACCCCUCUCUGGGUAGUGAACACACGCCUGAAGCUGCAGGGAGCAAAAUUCAGAAAUGAAGACAUUGUACCAACCAAUUACAGAGGCAUAAUAGAUGCCUUUCAUCAGAUAGUGAGAGAUGAAGGAGUCUUAGCUCUAUGGAAUGGUACUUUCCCCUCCUUGCUGCUGGUCUUCAAUCCUGCCAUACAGUUUAUGUUUUAUGAAGGCUUUAAACGAAAACUUUUGAAAAAGCAGCUGCAACUCACAUCCUUGGAUGCUUUUGUCAUUGGUGCAAUAGCCAAAGCAGUUGCCACCACACUCACUUAUCCUCUGCAGACAGUACAGUCAAUUCUGAGGUUUGGACGUCACAGGUUGAACCCAGAGAACCGAACACUGGGCAGUCUUAGAAACGUUCUUUACCUUCUUCAACAGAGAGUGAGGCGUUUUGGAUUAGUGGGACUCUACAAAGGCCUUGAAGCCAAGCUCCUGCAGACAGUCCUUACUGCUGCUCUUAUGUUUCUGGUGUAUGAGAAACUGACUGCUGCAACCUUCACAGUCAUGGGGUUAAAGCACUCACAUAGACAUUGAAAAGGAGCCUAUGCCAAAGAUUCUGGGGUCUAGAAAACACAUUCCAUUUCUGAGAUCUAGUUGGGUAGCAAAGGGUCCUCACUUUCUCUGCUUCUCUUUUUAGCCACCUUUGUCUCCAGUGUUUGGAGAAAUCUGGAAUAUGCUCUAUAGGACCUGUUGCCACAAAUUCAGGGAUAGCCUAUUCCCUAUUGUUCUGUGUACUCACUGUGUUAAGGAAAAAAACAGAGACCUUCUUUAGACACUUGACAUGGAAUUUAAACUAUUAUGUGAUUUGGUUAUUUGGUUGAUAUCCUUGGCAGGAAUUAUUAUCUCUCACUAUACUUUCUUCUUUGCCCUCAAAUUGUCCUCAACUAUUCUUGUAUCUUUACCUUCUGUCAGCAGCUGGUGGGACUGGUUUGGUGUUAUUUUCCUUGACCUGUUUUUGUCACUUCAUAUUUGGUUCAUUAAAAUAAUUCAUAAA